AGAUGUAUUGUACUGGGGUCACCAGAUUCUCCCGACGACUUCACCGGGUCAUAGCGUAGCUGUCGGCUGUCGCUUAGACUUUAGAAUUCUCCAGAAGGUGGAAUCUUCUCAAUUCUUUGAGUCUUCUCCGAGUCCACCCCGCUGUUUUUAAUGCAAAAUCAGUAGCAAGUGAAGCUCAUUCCAUUGUCAUCUGCAUCUCGCAAUCAAUCGUUCGCUCUCCUCCCCAAAGCUCUCUAAUGGCGACUGAUCUUGAAAAGAAGGCGAAGGAGGCAUUCGUCGACGAUAACUUCGAAUUAGCUGUUGAUCUUUACACUCAGGCUAUAGAUAUGGACCCUAACAACGCAGAUCUCUACGCCGACCGCGCACAGGCCAAUAUCAAGCUCAAGAGCUACACUGAGGCUAUUGCUGAUGCAAACAAAGCAAUUGAGUUGGAUCCUUCCAUGACCAAGGCAUACUUGCGUAAAGGUACUGCAUGUAUUAAGCUCGAGGAAUUCCAGACUGCAAAGGCAGCACUUGAGGCAGGUGCUGCUUUGUCACCAGGAGAUUCAAGAUUCAUCAAUUUGAUCAAGGAAUGUGAUGAUCUCAUUGCAGAGGAAACUGGUCUUCUACCAAAACAACCAGCACAAAGUUCUUUAUCUCCUGAUGCAUCUCUGGGAACAGCAAAAGAUGUGCCAAUGCAAGAUAAUUCCCAUGAACCAGCAGUGAUGCCAUUGGUUAAACCAAAAUACAGGCAUGAAUACUACCAGAAGCCGGACGAAGUAGUUGUGACCAUAUUUGCAAAGGGCAUACCAGCUGAAAACGUGGCUGUUGAGUUUGGUGAACAGAUAUUGAGUGUUACCAUUUCUAUCCCUAGGGAAGAUCCAUUUCAUUUUCAACCCCGCUUAUUUGGAAAGAUAUUACCCGAGAAGUGCAGAUAUGUAGUUAUGUCUGCAAAAGUUGAAAUCCGUCUUGCAAAAGCUGAGACAAUAAACUGGGCAUCGUUGGAGUUUACUAGGGAAAAUAAAGUUCCACAAAAGAUCAAUGUGUCAUCAGGUAUGGCAAGACCUACAUACCCAUCAUCAAAAUCAAGAGCUGUUGACUGGGAUAAGUUGGAAGCCCAAGUGAAGAAGGAGGAAAAAGAGGAAAAGCUUGAUGGAGAUGCAGCUUUGAACAAACUAUUCAGGGACAUAUACCAAGAUGCUGACGAGGACACAAGGAGGGCCAUGAAAAAAUCUUUUGUGGAAUCAAAUGGGACCGUGCUAUCUACAAACUGGAAAGAAGUGGGUUCUAAGAAAGUAGAGAGCACCCCUCCAGAUGGUAUGGAGCUGAGGAAAUGGGAAUUGUAGUGUGUGCUCUGAUUUGCUAAUACUGUAAUUCUACUUUUGUGAUUUUUCUUGGGUGGUAUUUUCGUUUCUCAAGGUCAUUCUUUUGGUGCUAUUGCUUUGACUGCUUUGCCAUGGUCACUGUUUCAGUUUUUUGAACAGUACAAUAUGGAUUGAUGUUGGUCAUGAUUUAGCAAUCCCAUGUAGUACUUAACAUUUUCUUUCAAAAAAAAUGUAGAAUCUUAAAUUGUUCAUAGACAUGAGUCUUGGAACUUUUCAA